AUGGCGCUGUUUCUGACCUGGCUCCUCCUCUUUCUCUCCGUUCCGCAAGUCUUUGCCCACAUCGAGCGCCGGGCAGAGUCGCAAUGGCCACUGCACGAUGACGGUCUGAACAAGGUCGUCCAGUGGGACCAUUACAGUUUUCAACUGAACGGCGAGAGGAUAUUCCUCUUCUCUGGCGAAUUCCACUACUGGCGCAUUCCCGUACCUGAACUAUGGAUCGAUAUCCUCCAGAAGAUCAAAGCUGCAGGCUUCACCGCGUUCACUUCUUACUUGAAUUGGGCGUACCACGCGCCAAACAACGAGACCCUGGACUUUUCAACGGGCGCUCAUGAUUUCACGCCCCUCUUCAAGAUUGCGAAGGACCUGGGCCUCUACGUGUUCGUCCGUCCGGGUCCGUAUAUAAAUGCCGAAACAAAUGCCGGUGGCUUUCCUCUCUGGCUGACUACAGGUGCCUACGGGACUCUGCGAAACAAUGACACCCGGUACACGGCAGCGUGGACGCCGUAUUUCUCCAAUGUCUCCCAGAUCACGAGCCAGUACCAGAUCACAAAGGGCCAGAAUGUGAUUGCGUACCAGAUCGAGAAUGAAUACGGAGAGCAGUGGAUUGGAGACCCGUCGAAGAGGGAUCCUAAUGAGACUGCGAUCCAUUAUAUGGAACUCCUCGAGGCCAAUGCCCGUGCUAACGGCAUUGACGUCCCUCUGACUGCCAAUGAGCCGAACAUGGGUUCCAUUUCCUGGGGAAAGGAUUGGUCAAACGCCGGUGGGAAUGUUGAUAUUACGGGUCUUGACUCUUACCCUUCGUGCUGGACCUGCGACUUGAGCCAAUGCACCAGCGUCAAUGGUGAAUAUAUCCCCUUCCAAGUGGUCGAUUACUACGAUUACUUCCUGGAGACCCAGCCGACGAUGCCAUCCUUCAUGCCCGAAUUCCAGGGAGGAUCGUACAAUCCGUGGGGUGGACCUGAGGGUGGAUGUCCCGACAACACCGGACCAGAUUUCGCGAAUGUGUUCUAUCGAUGGAAUAUUGGUCAGCGCGUCACAGCCAUGAGCCUGUACAUGCUUUACGGAGGCACCAACUGGGGCUCCAUUGCGACUCCAGUGACGGCUACGAGUUACGAUUACUCAUCCCCGAUCUCAGAAGACCGCUCGAUCGGUGCGAAAUUCUACGAGACCAAGCUGCUCGCCCUCUUCACUCGGUCUGCGCCAGACCUGACCGUAACGGACUUGAUUGGUAACGGGACCCAGUACACCACGAAUGCUGCGGUAAAGGCAUACGAGAUCCGAAACCCUAACACCAACGCCGGGUUCUACGUGACCAUUCAUACUAACUCGUCGCUCUCGACGACUGAGACUUUUCAGUUACAUGUAAACACUUCAGCGGGGUCCUUGACUGUCCCAAGACACGGUGGGGCCAUCAAGCUGGAUGGACACCAGUCGAAGAUCCUUGUGACAGACUUUGCGUUUGGCAACGAAACUCUCUUAUACUCGACUGCUGAGGUCCUGACAUACGCGGUUCUUGACGGUGUUCCCACGCUUGCUCUCUGGGUGCCAACUGGUGAAUCGGGCGAGUUCUCUGUGAAAGGGGCAAAGUCUGGAUCCGUGAAGCGCUGCCAGGGCUGUUCCGGUGUCGGCUUCUAUCCGGAGAAUGGCGGCGUCACUGUGACUUUUACGCAAGCUGAGGGUAUGAGUGUUGUCGAACUGGACAGUGGAUCACGGAUCUUGCUGCUAGAUAGGACGUUUGCCUAUCUGUUCUGGGCACCCUCGCUGAGCAACAAUCCGUCUGCUCCGGAGAACGAAAGCGUCCUGGUUCAAGGUCCUUACCUCGUUCGCACGGCUGCCAUUUCUGGGUCGACAAUCUCCUUGACUGGAGAUUCUACCAAUGCGUCGACGACGCUGGAGGUAUUUGCGCCGCAGAACGUCGAUACAGUCGCAUGGAACGGCAAGAAACUCAAGACAUCGAAAACCGCCUAUGGAAGUCUCCAAGGCUCGCUUUCUGGACCUCCUUCGGUGAAGCUGCCUCCACUGAAUGGCUGGAAAUGGAACGACAGCCUUCCAGAAAGAUUCCCAGGCUACGAUGAUUCUGGCGCUGCAUGGAUUGAUGCCAACCACAUGACGACUCCGAACCCUAGUCCUCCAGCAACGCUUCCUGUUCUGUACGCGGAUGAGUAUGGAUUCCACAACGGCGUCCGCCUUUGGCGUGGUUACUUCAAUGGAACCGCGACAGGCGUCUUCUUAAACGUUCAAGGAGGAUAUGCCUUUGGCUGGUCUGCCUGGCUCAAUGGGCAAUUCCUAGGCUCGUAUCUUGGUGACGCCUCUCAGGAACAGGGCAAUCUCACCCUGUCGUUCAAGAACGUCACCGUCAACGACUCCUCGCCGAACGUCCUCCUCGUCGUGCAUGACGAUACCGGCCAUGACGAAACCACCGGUGCCCUGAACCCGCGCGGUAUCCUCCAAGCCAGUCUGCUGUCCCCCGACAACACGACGCAAUUCAGCCACUGGCGUGUGGCCGGCACUGCGGGCGGCGAGUCCAACCUGGACCCCGUCCGGGGCGCCUACAACGAAGACGGGCUGUACGCCGAACGCGUGGGGUGGCAUCUCCCGGGUUUCGACGACCGCGCCUGGGCGAGUUCAUCGGCCGGCAGCAGCAGCCUCAGCUUCUCCGGCGCAGGGAUCAGAUUCUACCGGACGGUGGUGCCGCUGAACAUCCCCGCGGGCGUGGACGUGUCCAUCUCCUUCGUCCUCUCCGCUGCCGGGUCAAGUCCGUCAGCGAAGGCAUUCCGCGCGCAGCUGUUCGUCAACGGGUACCAGUACGGCCGGUUCAACCCGUACAUCGGCAACCAGAUCGUGUUCCCCGUGCCGCCGGGCGUGCUGAACUAUAGGGGCGACAACACCAUCGGCCUCGCGGUGUGGGCGCAGACCGAGGCCGGGGCCAGCAUCAGCGUCGACUGGAAGAUCAACUACGUUGCGGAGAGUUCGCUGGACGUGACGUUUGAUGGCAGUGCGCUGCGGCCGGGUUGGUCGGCUGAGAGGUUGAAGUAUGCGUGA